GGGCGCAGCGUUCGGGCUUCCCGGCUGCGCGCACGGCGGGCCGGCCGCGCGGCAUGGCGGCGCCCUCGCGCAAGGAGCAGCAGGCCUGCUGGGGCGCGCGCGACGAGUACUGGCGGUGCCUGGACGCCCACGCCGAGGACGCGGCCCUCUGCCUGCGCCUCCGCAACUCCUUCGAGGCCAGCUGCCCCCAGCAAUGGAUAAAAUAUUUUGAUAAAAGAAGAGACUACUUAAAAUUCAAGGAAAAUUUUGAAGCAGGACAGUUCCAGCUGUCUGAAUCAACUACAAAUUCCUAGGCACUUCCUGAACUUUUCACAAAGGAUGAAAAAGUAUUCUUUCUGGACAUUUAAAAAUGCUCUGUUGGUUCUGUGACAGUAGUUUGACAUGGCAUAUAUCAGUACUUGUUCCCUGUGUACAGUACUUCAUAAUGAAAUUGGACAAGUAACAGAUCCAUGUUUCAACUAUGAAGACUUGAAGUAUGGUGGUUUCAAUAUGCCUAGUUCUAAUUCAGUAAGAAAUCUAUUUUAAGAAACAAUUAAAACCAAUU